AUGUCAACCCAUACUUGGUUCACAAUAAUCACACUCCUCUCUCCCCAAUUUGUCCUCCAAGAGAGACGCGGCCUUCUCGUAUUCCACAGUACCUAUAUCUGGAUAAUUUGGCUCGAGAUUCUUAUAUACCUCAUCUUCAGCAUUAUUUCAUACCGUCUUAAGGUCGGUAUUGCAGUCUUAAUUAUAGCUAUUAAUAUCUCGGUCUAUAAUAUUUGGAUCCCCACCUAUCUCCAGAUCUCAGAGAGAGCGCUCAAUUUCUAUUUUAUUUGUAUUAUUCAACAGAACCUGGUGGCAAAUAGCCUAACUAAGUAUAAGAGUCUAGUCAAGUUUAAUAUAUACAUCAUCAGAUUAUCCCUUAGCAUAGAUAUCCUUAUUAUUUCUAUAAUAAGCUUGAAUAACAUUUACAUACAGUUUCAUCCCUUCACCUACAUAAUCAAGCUCAAGAUAGAGAUAUCAAUAGCAGACUUAAUAGGGAAAAUUACCAGACAAGGACAAUAUGAUGUUAUCUCUAAUGGUACUUUUGGCGACCUUGAGACAGCGCAACAGGGAAACGGUCCAAGUAAAAACCUCACAUCUACAUAUAGCAGGACAAGAGUCUCUACAGAUGGAAUUCAUACUAUCCGCGGAGUUGAUGCAGUAUCUAUCGAGUUGCAGGAAAGACCAGAUAAGUCAGCUGCCUUCAAUAGCCGGUCAAAGACGAACAGGGACACAAAGUUUCUUGGCCAAUCUUCAUCUUCAAGCUUACAAGUGGGCGUGGCUAUUUAUACUACAGAAGGCAAUCGCAUAGACGUCAACACUACGAUAACCAAUCAUGGGGAAAGUAUAUAUAGUGUUGCAGAUAGCUUUGACGAGAAUGGGUCGGCAAGGAAGGACGAUAAUGACGAAAGACCACUAAGCGCAGGUGAAGGGCUCGGCAAAGCCGUCCUCCGAGUCCGCGGAGCCGUCGUUUGA